GUCUUUGUCCAAACGCUUGUCUCAAAGUCUAUAAUUUAUUUAAUCAUGAGGAGGGUAGGCCGACGGAGUGUUCAAAUCACUUGACUCGGAGACCCACCGACUCACUUAUUGCCCUACGCAUUUCCCAGAACCUUCGUCUUCUUCUUCUUCUUCCUCUUUAAUCAAUCUCUCUCUAUGUCACUGAUUGAAUAUCGAGCAUUAAAAGCUAUCUGGGUCUUGGAAGAUAAUCAUAAGGAGAAGCUUCUGUUUGGGUUGUUCUGCCAUGGACAAUCUGCUCUCUUGGUCACUCUCAGACUUUAUUGUUUGGGACUACUUUUGGAAACUUGGUGCUGCACGAGGAAGCUCUUCGGGUUAUUCAAACGUUUGGAGGUUAACUUUCCGUUUGAAGAUUCUAUCGAAAACAAAUUGUAGUCAUGAAUUUUCAGCAAGAGAAGUACGUGAAGGGCCAUUCCUUCAGAAGUGGAAUAAGAUAUUUGUAUUGGUAUGUAUUAUUGCCGUCUCCCUUGAUCCCUUGUUCUUUUACAUCCCUGUGAUCGAUGAUAAGAAAAUGUGCCUUGGUUUGGACAGGAAGAUGGAGAUAACAGCUAGUGUUCUGCGUUCAUUCGCAAAUAUAUUUUGUAUUGUUCACAUAAUUUUCCAGUUUUGUACUGGAUUUAUCGCUCCUUCUCGAGUGUUUGGAAGAGGUGUUUUAGUUGAAGAUGCUUGGGCUAUUGCAAGGAGGUAUCACUCGUCAUACUUCCUAAUUGACAUUCUUGCAGUCCUUCCUCUCCCACAAGUUAGCUAACCCUUCCGACUUUGCAUGAGGUGCAAUAAUUUACUGUUCGGUUUCGAUUUA